AUGCGAGCAGUUGCUUUGUAUUCAUGCACUGCUGAAGACCCAUCAGAACUGUCGUUUGAAGUCGGUGACUUGAUACUCGACGUGAGACCUACAGAUGAGGAAGGAUGGUUUACUGGACGGCUAGAAAAGUCAGGAUUGAGGGGCAAUUUGCCUGGCAACUUUGUUCGUUUCAGAGAAGAUCCUCCAGGACCUCCAUUGAGAGCCCAAUUCAACGACCAGAAAAACUGGGCUGCUUCAAGUGGAAGUGCUACAAGUAUUUCGGGUACUGCUGUUUUUGGAGAGGCAUGUGCUCUUUCUCCACUACCAAAAAGUCCAAGUCUGUCAAGAAAAUUAGAUCCACAAGCAACUCGGAAAGAGUUACUAGAAAAAUCUAGUUCUCUUGUACAGCAAGCAAAGGAUAGACCUGGAUCUAUGAUUGGUUUACUUUCACAAAAUACCUCACUUGGACCAAACAAGUGUCGUAAUAUUUCCUCGAGCGGAUCGAUUUCAUCCCAGCCAUCUGCAAUUCAAUCCAAUUUCAGUAUACCCAAUCCCGCAAUAGCAUCAAUGGUGAAUUCCAACGCUUCACAGCAAACAAAUAAUUUUGGAGUACAACAAAAUGGAUUUGAAGACAACUUUCAAUCUACUAGUUUGCCACAGAUGAAUCAGAACAAUCAAACUGCUCCGCCCGUAUUGCCUGCACGCACUCCACAUUAUGGAUCUGGUGAUAUUAAAAAAGCUCAGCCAAUGAUGCCACCAAGGCGACCCUCGCAAUCAAACACCAGCCAUUUGUCAUUUCCCAAUACACCCUCUUUAGUUGCAGAUGGUGCCAAAUCCCAAGACCCAUCACUUAAAUCUGCUAUUGCCAGUCUCAAAAAAACAGGAGUACUAUCGAGCAUCCCACAAGGCACUGCAAACGCACAAAAUAUAUUUGCUCCUGCCAGCACAGCUACACAAAACCACUCUACAUCUACUUUGACAACCUCUUCUAGUCUGGAUUAUGGAAAGCUUAAAAUGGUUGGUGUAGUUUCUGGAGAAGUUAAUCGCCGUGAUAACAUUCCACCACCACCUCAAAAGCCUGCAUCGCUCUCAUGUUCGUCCUCUGGAUCGUCCAUUGAUUCUUUUUCUACUCCAAACUCUGCACCGAUACGUCCAUUGAAGCCAUCUGAAUUGCGUGGAUCUUUAAAUGUGCCAUCUUCCUCUACUUUCAAAAGCACUCUAUCCAACCUUGUAUAUCCUUCAAAUAUACAACCUACCACUGCUCAAACCAUUCCACUUGGGACUAAACCCUCUGCAUUCUCAUCGCCUGGUGGUUAUAGCUCUACCAUUCAGUCAGCUGCAAAUGGAUACGAUAAUGCAACAGACAGCUCUGCGAUUGCACCAAUCAGGCUUAACCAGACUUCCACACAGUCCAUUUCCACCAAUCAACCGACUCCAUCCACCACGACUAAUAUUUUGGGCGGAUCUAUUGCUGCUAGACUUGCUGCAUUGAGUGUAUCAACUGGACAAUCACUUCAACCAGUUUCACCAACAAUCAGACGCCCAUCUGCUUCAUAUUCCUCAUCAUCAAACGCUAUCCCGUCACAAAUACAAGCUACGCAACCUUUAGUGCAGCAACACAAUAGUGUAUUACCUAUAUAUUCUUCCUCUGCAGCUUCAACACAACCUCCUUAUACUUUUACUGCUAAAACUGCAAUUGUUCCUGCUGAGAUCAACAGCGCGAAUAAAACGACUUAUGGAUCUAAAAUGCUUUCAGCAGAACCCAAGAAAGCACCACCACUGCCAUCUCGAUCCUCCAACAUCACUACUUUGCAACGAUCAGUCAAUGACACUAGCAAUGCAGUGCCGAAGCCAAUUUCUACAGAGCUAUUUGAUCGAUACGCGGAUGCGUUUAUAAAGGCAGAUACAGCGAAUUUGGGUGUAUUGAAUCCAACGGUCGUUCAAAAUAUAUGGCUACGUAGCUAUCUUUCAUUAUCCCAGCUUUCUUCCAUAUGGAAUCUUGUCAAGGUUGACAAAUUAAUCCAUGGAUUAACGCUCCAUCAGUUUGUUAUUGCUCAAGGGAAACCCUUUACCGACCAGUCUUCCAGAAAAUGUGAUUCUGUUUAUUCAGUCCUGCCAACAGCCAAAUAG